GCCUGAGGCACCUGUUCCCCAAGGAGAUCCUCACCUUCUAUAUGGAUGUGCCGGUGUAUCAGGCCGAAAUCCUCUUAGGGCAGGAGGACCUCAAAGUGCCGGGCGAGCAGGAUAAACAUCCUGAACCACAGUCCGGCCCUACGCAGACAAAUGCUGCGGACAAAGGCACAGUUGUGGAUGAGCCUUUGCACCUGCUUGUGCAGGGAAUGAGGCAACUUCAACAGGCGUAUUUAGGGAAAACCGACUCCAAGGAUACGGAGGUCAAGGGAUCCGUGGAGAUACCAGUCAUGCCAGACCUUGGAGCAGAGGCUUCGGUUGCUUUUGCAGACUGGUUGUAUGAGCUGGAACAAGCGGUUGGAGGCUUGUCAGACAAAGCCUCUAUGUGGUUUACGGCAUGUCUGGAAGUGGCUAGACAGGCCUAUGUCCAAUACACCAUGGCGUCUCCUCUGACGAGACUGUCUCUUCAGCCAACGAUCCCGGAAGAGCUCAAGGACCAGAAAUGGGCCAGACUGGAGAGGCGUGUAAUGACGCUGUUGCUGGGUGCGAUGAAGAGGCCGGCUAAGGAAGAUGCGAUUACGCAUCGCAUCGCUGACGUUCCGUCGCUUCUCUACAGACUUCAUGCGCUGUACCAACCUGGAGGUGUUUCGGAGCGAGCCGCUGUCUUGAAGCAUCUGGAAGGCCGUCUUGGAGGAGAAGAUGUUCAUGAGUGUGUGGCUGCUUUGCGUAAGUGGCGCAGGUACGUUGAAAGGGCAGAGGCUAUGAAUGUCACUGUCCCAGACUCCUCGAUCCUCCUGGGAGCCGUUGAGCUUAUGGUGAAGAAGGUGUUGGCAGCACAUCCUGAAGUUAAGUUUCGCACUGAUCUUAUGAAGAACGAGCUUCAGUUGCAAGGUCGACCCACACUGGAUGGAGUCCUUAGAUUUCAUACGCAUGUUCUGGCAGAGUUACAGAUGAUUGCUCCAGUCUCUAUGAGUUCGACAUCGGCGGCCCUGAAGGCUAUUGGUGCUGGCCAAGCAGGCACGGGCGAAGCUAUCAUGGAGUCGAUCCAGGCAGCUUCACGCCCGGCAGAGGCAGCAUCUUCAAGUUCCCAGCAGGCGUUGCCGGCUUCGUCAAUGGAGACGUCAACUUCAAGAGAUGGAGAAGUGAAGGAGCUUCUCAAGGAAGCUAACGCGAUGCUCAGGCGCCUAACAAAGCUACAGGCCUUGGAGGUUCAAACCAACACCAGUGUAGGCGAGCUUAGUGCUGCAAUCAAGGCGGCAGGGCUGGAGGGCGAAGAGGGCUUUGCACUAUUGGAUUCGGGAGCCUCCCAUGCCUUUAAAACUGCAGAGAGGGUGAUUGUCGAGCAGGCCAGCCCGGUUCGUGUGGAACUUGCUGGAGGUCAAAAUCGAGCUGGGACACUCCUAGCCGCUGCAGAUGAUCCUCAGGCGGCCGGUGCGACUUCAAUUCUCCCUCUUGGAGCCCUCGUACAACAGCUCGGAUGUGAGCUUACUUGGACAAGAAAGGGCGGCUUGAAGGUCGUUCAUCCGGAGUUUGGGGUGCUGAAGACCUUGGUAAAGGGCAACCACCCGAUGCUCGCAGAGACCCAGGCCUUGGAGAUAAUAUCCCAACUGGAAGAACAGCACCUUCAGUCUUUGGAAGCCUCAACUGCCGAGACGUUUGUUCGCACCUUGGACUAUGAAGAAAUGAAGUCCUGGGACUUUAUGCUUGGGAAGUUCGUUGCCACAGGUGGUCGUGAAUGCCUACUCGAGGCGUUGUCUUCUUCCUGUUCUCCUCUUGGGGAGCUGUCUUCGGAUGUGCUUUCGCUGGCUGCAGCCCAUGUUGUUCUGGAUGAUAAGCAAGGCUGGAAGUACCUCAAGGCGCUCCCGCUGAACAGGAACAUGCGCAAGUCUAUGAUGACAAGGCGAUGGGUGGUGAGACUUUAUCGCCGAGAAGGUGAAGCAGACCUGCAGAUUAGUAACUCCGAGGAUGUGGUGACGGUUGACUGCAACUUCUCUCGAAGCAAGAGGUUCUCCAUCAAGGGUGAGAGUGCAAUGUACAAGGCGCUCAUGUGGGCAGCAGCGAGGGGACAGAUCGAGGGUGUCCUUGGAAGUCCUCCGGUCAAUGAUGGUCAUGAACUUUUGGCUAAGCAGCUUCUACUGUGGGCUGUUUCGCGCCAGGCAGCUUUCAUGCAUGGGGCUUCUCCUCCAUACCUGCUGUUGGGUUCAACUCCGUCAAGUUCAAUGUGGAGGUCUGAGAUGUGGAGCUCUUUUAGACAAGAGUAUCAUGUCCCCAUGAUGCAGGUGGAGACUGACGAGGAUGGUUCCAACUACUUGAUUGCAAUGAACCUUGCUAUGAAGGGCGGCCUCCUUCCUCCUGAUAGUGUUGAAGUUUCCGAAGGUUUGACUACGAAGGCAUGGCCCAACGUGUGGAAGCUUCCGUUCCAGCAUGACCUUGGCUUUGCAGUGGAUAGAUGGCGCCUCAGACCGGAUGAAAUGUUUCUGGGGUACAUGCUACACAAGUUGGACUCGGACACUCCUUGGUCGGACAAGGACUUGCGGUACUGGAAGCGGCAUGUGGCCAACGGCCAUUUGCCAUUUGACCGGCGAUUCAAGACCUGCAUCCAGACAGCCGCUACAGGGAGAGCUCAUCGAAGAAUCAUAGCGCCGUCCUGUUACACCCUGUCUCUGGAUGUGUGUGGACCAUUCAGGAAGAAGGGCGAGUAUGGCGGAUCAAAGGGGUUCAGGUACGCGCUAAUUGGAACAUACCUGAUGCCCAAGCUCUCCGUGUACAAGGAUGUCCCAAUCCCUGAGGAGCCAGAGAUCCUUUCGGACGCUGAAGGCCCAGAAGGAGAUUUCCUUGAUGAGCACGGACCUGCUGACCUACCUUUAGAUCCUGAAGAUCAAGAAGACCUAGAUAAGUCUAACAAGCGGUUCCAGGCCCUGUACAAGGAGGUUGGUGAUACCAUGGAGUACCAAACUCUUCACUAUGCCGUUCCUUUGAAGACUCGGUUGACCCCUGAGAUUGAGGAUGCGGUGAAGCAGAUCUAUCUCCAGUCCGCACAAAAACUCUUCUUCGAGCGGCUGGCCUGGACACGUCUUGUUGGCGUUUGCGGCCUUCCAGUCUAUGGAACUGGAGGCCACUUUGACUUGGACGAGAGGUGGCAGGGAGGUGUCUAUGUGGGUCCUUCGCAUGAGCUUCGGCAAGGUCAUGUGGAAAUCAUGAAGCAGCGGGUGUUUGGACAGACGAAGAAGGACCAGCUGUUCGGUUUCUUGGUGAACAUGGACCGGGGAGGGCAACGAGCUGGGCAACAGGUGUUUUUACGCAUGGCGGUGUAUCCGGACUGCGAGACGGUUAUGGGAGCCAAGCAGUUUGCAGCCAUAGCUAUUCAGCGGAACGGCGGUGGCGGGCUUUGGACUCAGCUUGAAAAUGAAGAGACUUCUGCAGAAAAUGAGGACAUCGUGGUCAAGGAAGUGAAGCCGGGUGGCAUGAAGUACAACCUCACAAGGGAGAAAGAGACGGUCUGCGAAGGUGGUUGUAAGGACGGUGACCAGAAGUCCGACUCCCAGGUCAACAAGGAUGAAAAGGAUGGCUGCGGUUCUUCGCUGCUCAUACUCAAUGAAAUCCAUCAUCAACUUCUUGAAGACUUGCAGGAAAGAAGCCGUUCGCUUAGGCUCCUCAUGGAAGAAGAACACAUGUUGACGGAAGACUUGCGUCAAGCCGGCAAGCUCGUUGAGGAGGAGACUGAGAAGGUGCAGCUUAGCAUAACACAGAGGUUGAAGCACGCGUCUCAGCAACUCUCAAGACAAGAUCGGGCUAUGCUUAAGGUGUGCUUGAGAGCGGCAUCUGAAGUAGACGAGCCGGACUAUGAGCAUCUCCUUGAGUCCCUGCAGGGUGACCUUCAAGUCGUACAUACGGUACCGCUUUGUCAGGUCAAGCCGGUUGUUGAUAGGUGGCAUGCUGCCAUACGCAAGGAGCUCGACAACCUCUUUCAAGGGGAGGCUCGGCGUCUAGAACGCCAAGGCGUUCUACGAUUGGUGCCUAGAAAUGGCGUACAUACGCUCAAACCCCCGGCUAACAAGAGCGAGAAAUACAAGAGAAAAUAUCGCCUUGUGCUUUGCGGCAAUUUUGCUGCCCCUGAGGAACAGUUCGGCUCGCUGUAUGCUGGAGGCGCUUCGGCCGAAACGUUCAGAACGGUGCUGGCAAUAGCUGCAACAAAGGGGUGGCUCGGCGCCACCGCCGAUAUCACCGGGGCCUUCCUCCUCGCGCCUUGGCCGGACCAUCUUCACAGAUACGCAGUAGCGCCACCACGACUUUUGAUCGACAAUGGCUACGUCUCAGAACAGGCCUAUUGGCUUGUCUUGAGGCCGUUGUACGGCCUUAGGGAGUCACCAGCGAUAUGGGCAUCUUACCGCUCGGCCAGGUUUUCAAAUGCCAAGAUCUUGUAUGAAGACAAGUACCUGGUCCUCAAGAUGUCCAAGGUUGACUCGGAACUGUGGCUCAUCUUCUUUGAAGGCGAAGAGGAUCUGUUGGGCUGUCUCAUAACCUACGUAGAUGACCUGUUCUACGUGGCAGCGCGUAAGGUGGUCAAGGCGGUUCAUGCAUGGAUCCUAGAAGAAUGGCCUUGCAAUGAGCUUGAAUGGGCUGCAGAAGGCGGAGGAACUCGCUACCUUGGCAUGGAGGUGUUUCAACGGCCAUCAGGAGCAUAUGAGAUCCAUCAGAAGGGAUACAUUCUUGAUCUGCUGCGCUCCCAUGGGAUGGAUGAAUCUCCUGGAACCUUGUUGCCCUGCCCCAGGGAAUGGCUUUCAGAUGACAUUUCUCCUGAACCGGAGGAUUUUUCAGAAGCUGAAUUACGCUUUGGCCAAAGGAUGGUCGGAGAACAGCUUUGGCUUACAAUGAGAUGUCGUCCGGAUCUCCAAUUUGUCGUGGGCCAUAUGGCGCAGUGGGUUUCGAAGCAUCCGCGAAAAGUGGCAAGAGUGGCCAAACGGGUACUUGCGUACCUGCUGUCGACAGCGGACUUGAAGCUGGUUCUGGGUGAUCGUGAUAUCCUUCUAGAGGGUUAUAGCGAUUCUAGUUUUGCCCCUUAUGGUGAGCGGUCGUAUGGUGCCUCAGUUGUAACUGUCAAUGGUUCCCCGGUAGCCUGGAAGUCUGGUAAGCAGGGAAUGGUUACGCUUAGCACCAUGGAGAGCGAGCUGCUGGAAGCAACCAAUGCUGUGACUCUCUUGGAGUGUGUAGGAUGCUUGGUGGAUGAGAUAUACACAGUCCGGGACCAGGUUCAUGGAGGACAAGACAUUUGCGUGUCCGUUGCGCUUUUGUUCGAGAACAAGUACAACGAGCUGCUGGACCUUCUGCAUCAAUGGGGUUUUGAAGGCCUGUCGACUGAAGCUGUUCAACUGCAUGCGAUCCAUGUGGUCAUGAUAGGCUGUAUGGUUGUGGUCUUGGAACGGUUUCCUGGAGCAGAGGCAGCGGAUCAAACGUUUCCGAAGGAUCCUAUUGCUUCUGCAGGUGUGGAUGAGCUCCUGUUGGUCUCUGGAUGUGUAGCGGUGAUCGCUGUGCUGAUACGGGAGUUUGUGAAGUGGAUGUUUAGGUGUGCCAGACGCUCUGUGAAAAGGGAGAGCAAGCUGAGACGCCUUAGAGAGCUUGCUAGGCUUGCAGCAGAGGUUGAGAUUGACCGGCUCCAAACCGAGAGCCAGACACCGUCUUCAUCUGACAUCCAUCAAGCCGUGCAAACAGCCUUUUACGGUUCUUCUGAAGAGACUGGGUCCUUUAGAGACAGGAGUGAGUCCAAUCAGGACCCCGUGACACCUCCUGCGACGCGCCUUACGCAGGCACGUCAGGAGGAGCUGCCGAGAACUUCACCAGGGAUAGCAAGCGUUUCCUCUGUCGAUGAUGAGAUGCUUCGGUGCUGUGAUCGCGAGCGGCUGUGUCGAGAUACGUUGUCUCUUCUGAGUGUUGAAGCACUUAAAGCCGGGCUUCGACAGGAAAGUAUGACAUUGAGUGGGUUGAAGCCAGAACUGGUGGCUAGACUGGCCUUGAAGAUCAUACCAGAUCCGAGCUUCGCUGUUCAUGGGCGGGAACUUCCCACAGAUCGUCAACUUAAGUAUGUCUUGUGGCUAUGGAAACAUGGCAAGCUUCGAACAAAGUGCAAUCUCCAAUACACGGAUGUUGCCUCAAAGGAUUCCAUUUCGAGAUGGAUUCAUGCUUGGAAAGGGGUUGUGUAA